CCGGAAUCGGCCCUGUGAAUCGAUCAGUCUUUGCUCCUUCAAAUGUCCUGCUGCGCCUGCUAUGAUAUCUUCAUGACUAGAAUAGUCAUAAGUCGACAUACAACUAUGACGGCUAUCGAUGAAAUCCACCACCAGCUCCCCAGAAUUGAACGCUUUGGCCCCGGCCUUAUUGGUGUCUUUGUGGGCGGUACCAGUGGUACCCCCCUAUUUAAAUGCCACAUGUCGUUCCAUGGUCUGGCACAAGUUUAGUCUCUAUUAUAUAAACCACUCGAUAA